AUGGUUGGACUCGAUGAUCGUAGAGAUCUUUCGCAACCAGACGAGUUCUGUGAUUCUCUGGGUGUGAUACCAGGAAUGGCCACGGAGUGGCACACCAGCUCCACAAAUACUCUUGGCAUUACUGGGCAGCAAGAGCGCCACCUGCGGAUCCAGAACCGCAGGUUUAUAAUCCAGGGUGUGGAUAACGUGGCACAAAUCCGAAGGAAAAGAGCCCCGCCAAAAUCCAAGUGUCCUUGGGCACAGCUGCCAGGAGGCAAACUCCUGCAGCAGCGCUGCCUGAGCAGCGCAAGGGAAGCCUCACGGCCGACCUGUGCCAGCCCACAGCCGCAGGGUCACGGCAGGCAGGGAGCAGGAGCCCAGGGCAGGACCCCUGGCGAGAAGCCAGGUCCCAGUGCUGAGCUCUCCAAUUCCGCCACGGAUCCAGAGCCAGUCCAAAAUGAGCGCCAAAACGAGAGCCCAGACGAUAUAUUUAAGGUUGUCAUUAAGAUUCUCCUGGGCGAUGUGUCCAGGGCCGAUACGCACCGGGCGGGAAGAGCCCAGCCAAUCACAGCUCCGGAUCCCAGCGCGGGCUUCCCCUCACGGGCGAGUGCCUCCUCGCCCCACGACCCUCAAGAAAGAGUGGUGAGCAGCGUUGCCAAGGAAACCAUUCUGCUCAAGGACAAACUGAAGCUGAGAAGGAUGUCUGAGGGUCUGUUAGCCUCACAGACAGGUCUGGCUGGCUGCAGUGACCCUAAGGUGGUUAUCCUGAAGCUAGUGGUUUCCAGGUCAGCUUCCCAGAGGCUCCUGGUAACCUCCAAGCCCCUGUCUCUCAUACAGAAGAAUCCAACAUGGGCUACCUUGUCAGCUGAGAACAGACUACUCAAGAAGAGAGUGAGAGAGAUGGAACGUUUACACAGAAAGAAACUAAAGGAAUUGGGGUUGCAGCUUCCAAAAGAGAGGGUUGAGCCUGGAGAUGCAGCUGAAAAAAGAUCUGGCCUACCACCUAUCAAUGAGACCGUUUCCAAAUUGCCCUGCACCAGCAGUACCUGCAAAAAAUGUGCUGAGACUUCCUCGGGGGAGCAAGCCAACAAGAUCUCACUGCCCAGGAUCAACAGCCAGGGUUGUGGCGCCCCCCACAGGCUUUCGGCAAAGAAGCUGCCACUCAUUGGUCAGUGCAUACUGGAUGAAGAUGAGGCAGAGGAUGGGGACAUCCAGGAAGCCAGACCCUUCCCUCACCCACAGCAGGAGCUGCUCAAUGCAUUCACAUGGCUCAGCAGUGAUGAGUGGGAUGAUAAGACAAAGGCACUCCACAACAUCAGAUGCCUGGCUGCCUGCCAUUCAGAAAUCCUUCUUUCUAGACUUGAUGAUGUUUCCUUGGCAGUUACCAAAGAGGUGAACAACCUGCGUUCAAAGGUGUCUCGCUCUGCAAUCAGCACUCUUGGGGUGCUCUUCAAGACCAUGAAGAAGCACAUGGACCAUGAAGUGAAUGAGAUUGCUCCAGUCUUGCUCCACAAGAUGGGAGAGUCCAACGAGUUCAUUCAGAAAGCAGCCAGUCGCUCCCUGGGGAUCAUGGUGGCAAAUGUGACUCCUGCACGAUCAGUGGCUGCUCUCAUGGCUUCUGGAGCCCAGCACCGCAACGUCCUGGUGCGGAGGUUUGCCGCUGAGCAUCUCCUGUCUGCCGUGGAGCAAACCGGAGCUGGGAGGCUCCUGUCAGGAAGCCGUGACAGUAUCAACCUGCUGCUGCACACGCUGGUGAAGCUUGCUCAGGACAAUCAUCAGGACACAAGGUAUUACGGACGGAAGAUGCUGAGUAUCCUGAUGACUCACCCAAACUUUACCAGAUACCUGAAAUAUUCUGUCCCUCCACAUGACUUGAAAGAUAUUGUGGAAAGAAUUAAGCAGCAAGGAGUAGAAGAAAAGAAAUGUGAACUUCCCCCUAUCAGAGAAGACAAAAAGCCUAGUAACAGCAACUUGAGGAUACUACAGGACAUCUCAGCUUCUGAUAGAGGUUUGAGGUCUGGCUCUCAAGUCCAUGUUGCACCCUGCAAGGGAAUCUGCUCCACCUUACCUCGGGCUGCAGAAGAAACUCAUAAGCUUGAAGAGCUUUACAAGCUCCUGGCAGAGAAAGAGUUUCAGACGCGCAUCAAUGGAGUGAUGCUCCUCCUAGAUCACUGCAGAAACAUUCCUGAGUCCAUCUGCAAUAACAUUGUCCAAGUUUUUGAUGCUUUUGUCCCAAGACUUCAGGACUGGAACAAGAAAGUGAAACAGAAGGCAUUGGAGGUGUUGGCUUUGAUGAUACCACUCCUCAGAGAUGCCUUACAGCCAGUGCUGUUCCUUGUGGUAUCAGCAAUCACUGACAACCUGAACUCGAAGCACCCAGGGACUUACGCUGCAGCUAGGAAAGGGCUGGAAGAAUCCAUUGCUCACCUAGAUAACACCUUGCUGCUGCACUGCCUUGCCCUCCGAGUGCGUUACCUCAGUGGCCAAGCUCUGCUUGAUGUCACAGAACACCUCUCAGGGCUUGUGACAUCUCUGUAUCCCAAAAAACCCCAAGCUGUCAAGUGCUACGCCCUGCCUGUGCUCUGGUUCUUCCUGGGAAAGAGUGCCCUGCCUGUCCCAGGCGACAAGAUCAAGGCUGUGGUCACCAAGCUCGCACAGAGCCUCUAUCAAGAGAUGGGCUCCAGCCUCAGGGAGUCUGCUGCUAAGCAGCCUCCACAUGUGACCAAAAACCUCUGGAAGAUCUUGGACCUGGUGAAGAAACACUGA